CAAACUGGAGGAACCCGUCGGCGGCAAUGGUCGCCAAAAUUUACGAGCCGGACUAAAAAGACGAACACUUGUUGGAGCUCAAUAUCUUUUAGUCUAAUUUCGAAGUUUGGUUCGUGCUGAGACCCACGUACUUUGAUUCGGAUUUGAUUGGUGUAUGAAUGCGCCACAACAAUGCUGGUUUGUGCCACCUUCACGGUCCUCCUGGUGCUGCUGGGAUUUGCGCAAUCAGCCCAGCCUGUUGCUGUUCCUCCGCCCAGCAAUCUGACGAUAACGUGCCACAACACCACGGUCAUUGCGCACUGGGAUUUCUUCGGGAACGAACCAGACGGCUUCCUGGUCAGCAUGGAAAAGGAGUGGGAAAUCCCGGCGCAGCGCCGCUAUGCGAACCUCAGCGACACAGUGUGGAAGUCGCUAGAUAGCGCUUUGGCUGUGCACGAACUCACCGUGGUGGCCAAGGCAUCCAGCGGGAGGCGGUCGAAAAAUACCUCCGUCGCCUUCACGUACAGCGACGAAAGGAUGGCUACCAUCAAAUGCAAGUUGGACUUUCCUCCCGUGGACGUAAAGGCGAUCGAGGAGGGCGUCGCGGUCAGCUUCCGCAAUCCGCUUCACUACUACACGCGACUGUGGCGCGCCCCCUGGCGCCAGGACAUCUCCUUACACUUCAUCGUCAAGUCUGAUACGGCGCGUAAGGAUACUUCCUGCCGUAACGAGGACAGCACUUGCAAGGUGGACGUCACGUUGACCCCAGGGUCUGCCAAGUGCGUCACAGUGGAGGGAAGCAUGGAGUCUCUGAUGGGUCGUCCCGUGGUCUUCAGUGCGUCGCCACGGAUCUGUGCCGAAGCCACAAGCAAUCUCAACCUGAUGCCGCUGAUUGUCGUGGUCCUCCUCCUCUUGCUGGUUAUUUUGGUAGUGGCCCUCUACAAGGUCAGGUUGUACAUCAAGAAAGCUGAAAAGCCCCAGUUGCCCAAGUGCCUUCAUCCAAAUUACGGUGUCAACAGCCUUAUCAGUCGCAGUUACCGGACAGACAUUCGCCACGUGGCGGACGCUGACAACAGGAGAGUCCCGCUCAUCUCCACAGGAGAUGAAAAAUCCUCUGGCGUUUCAACAGAGAUAGAAAGCCUUCAGUUCUCACUAGAUGAUCAGGAAGAGGAAGUACAAAUUUUGAAAGUUGAAAUACACGGUGAAGAUGAAGAAGUACCAAUUCCGGAGGUGGAAGAGGAAGUACAGGAGGAAGAUGAGAAAGAGGAGGAACCCCCUGUCUCCAAUUAUGACUCUCGGCAUGUGCACAUGACAGUAAAUAUGGGUGAUGAACUGGCUUUGGGUUACGCCGAAGGGUAACAAAGACUUAACUGAGUUAAUCAAGUCAUCAUAAGGACUCAGUGACAGGAGUCCCCUUUGUCUAAUUAUUACUCUCGGCAUGUUCACAUGACAGUAAAUAUGGGUGAUGAAGGGGCUUGGGGUUACUUCAGAGGGGAAAAAAGACUAAACUAAGUUAACCAAGUCAUAAUAUGGACUCAGUGACAGGAGCCCCCUGUGUCCAAUUAUUACUCUCGGCAUGUGCACAUGACAGUAAAUAUGGGUGAUGAAGUGGCUAGGGGUUAUGCUGAAAGUUAACAAAGACCAAAGUUUUUCAGUCAUCGCAAGGGCAGGAGGAGCACCCUGUGUCCAAUAUUGACUAUAUAAUAAUGAAUAAUGGCGUGCGGAAUCACUCUGCUAGCUAGUACAAACAACUCGCUCGCUGCGUACUCUAAAGACAUAAAAAUAUCAGUCAUUUCUGAGUACGCUCGUAGUGGCUCUAAGUAUCCCAACUUCUUUGCAAGAAAUUCGGGAGGACUUCUUUAAAGCCUUACACAUGUCGCGGCGUACAAUUGUGUACCGACGAUUCAACGCCGUGAAAGAAAGUAGUUCUUGCCCAUUGUACAGUAUUUUUUUACUCUGAUUUACUGCAGUGUAAAUGCAUCCAACUGUUUGAAUUGAUGACAAAGCUGCCUUCAGGUGGUUUUGUAAACACUGUAAACUAGCAGUAUGGCCUGGCUUUUGUAUAACAUGAACGCAAUACAACCAAAUGGCAGAUAAAACAUGCUUUCCUCAGAGAUGCAGCUGUAAUGUAGUAAUAGUAAAAUGUUUCAUACUUGCUGCUCUUGUGCCCUAUACACCGCACAAGCCCAAGAGACAGCGCCUCUAUUGAACAGAAAACACCAUAACAUAACAACGGCACACUACCCACAAAUACCCAUGAACCAUUGCGGCCGUAACACACAAUAAAUAACAGUGACUACAGUAUGAAUAUCUAGCCAAAAUGAAUUCUUUAGUAAUAUUCCGAAAAAUUGUACAUUUUUUUUAAUCCAACGUCUUUUUGUGGAGUACUCAAAGCCAGAAUAAUUCAUCAAAGCACAUUUAAAAGUACCUGAAACUGUAAAGUUUAAAAACGAACUGCGACAUUACAAUCGCAAGAGACAUCUCAUACAUAUCAAGAAAGCCCGCCCGUCUCAUCAGACCAUAGGACAUGGUUCCAGAAAUCAGGAGUUUCACCUCCUCCAGCCAUUGUGUAGCACAGCUGACUCAGUGACACUGAGUAACAACCGGUGGGGGAGGGUUGACACAACUCUCAUUUUAUUUUUAUAAUGCAAUAAUGUAAUUGUACCAUGUAUUUAUUACAUGUUCUGAUGCAUUUUUGCGCUUUAUGAAAGAUUUAUGUCUGAAUUAUGCACUAAAGAAUAUGAAAAUGUUACUUACCUUGUAUGACUUUGUGACGGUCUUAGUGGACUAAAACCUGUUUGAUCAAUUGUUUAUUUUUGCACUGUGAAAGAAUAAAUAUGUAUCUGCU